UGCAAGCUAAGCAUUCCGUGUUCAUGAUGUCACAAGUAAAGCAAACAUUUUGAAACAAUUUGAUACGCAACACACAUUGUUGUAAUUUUGGCAAACCAAAUUCCUGUGACGACAAUUUGAAAGGAUUACUACUAAUCGCCCCCAAACCCCAGAAAAACAAUGCCGGAAACAAAAACGAAGACGCUUUGCAGCCCUAGCAAUGGUCUUGAACGAGCGGAUGAGGCUGACGUCAUUGCCGCCGCCAAUCGUCUGGUCACUCGCACCCCCAGACAGCCACACCCACACCCACAGCCACACCCACGCCCACGGACCCAUCGCCAAGGUCGUCGAGAUGCCGCCGGCUUUACGGCCAACCAGGAGGUGCGGCUGAAGGCCGGCGACAUGCGCAUGGCCCGCAUGCAGAUCAGUCUCUCCCAGCUGCGCACCCAAAUGGAGGAGUCGAGCAAACAGCUCAGGGACCUCUGCACGGCGAUGCGGCUCGACGUGAAUGCUGACUAAAAUCUUCUGAACAAGUCCUGUAAAAUGUCUAGUUGGCAUCCUGAAAAACACAUUCUCAUUUGUAAAGUCCUGCCAAUAAUGUGCAGUCUGGUUCAGUAACUGAGUUAACUUGUAGUCAAAUUGAAAAGUUUAGGAAUGCAUUUUUGUGAUCAAUCAAUUUUGUAAUAUUACAAGUAUUCUAUUGAAAAUGUACUUAAGAAAACAUACAUAUAUUU